AUGGUACAAUCUCAAGUCUUACUAUGCUGGCUGGUUUUUUUGAUAUUUUGGGUUCCAAGUCAAGGUACAACCAGCAAUGAGAUAGCCGAGUUCGUCGAGGCAACAUCAGCAAUGACUAGGUUGGAGAUUCGAGUAGCGACGUCACUCAAAACGUUAUCAGGGGAAAAUUACAUGACUCAUAUCCGAAGAAAACCCAAGCUUCUUCUCGCAAUUGAACCAUCAAACCUCAUUUUAAUACCAGAGACCUUUGAAUUUCGUGAUAAGAAAAAGAGUCUAUCAGGUACAGCAAGCUCACAACUCAUGAUAAUUGCCAAGAAGAUUGAAGACCUGAAAUUGAUUUGUUUCCAGCAAAAGCUACACAAAGCCUUUCAUGAUUGGGGUAUAGUAGAGCUGUGUGAAGGAGGGUCAGAGAAACGAUAUUUUGACUAUUUAAAAAGACUGUUUGACAAGAAAGCUCUUAUUGCUAUCUCGUUGGGAGAUUUGAAAAGUGCACCGAUUGUGGAAAUAGGAAAAUUCAAAUGCCUUAGGACCCAUGGAGCUUGUCUAUCUCCACGGCCCAAAGAACAAGACGUUGCCUCGAUUCUCAAGUCAAAAGAAGAGCACCCCGACACUUUAACUGCAUCUGUACCAUUAUCUUUGUCUUCUACCGCGACUUCGUCUGUUGUGGUUACAAUUACCAUAACUUCACUCUCAACACUCAUUUUGUCGCCAAAUACUUCCCUCCUGGAGUCAUCGGCUAGUGUUACAAGUCCUAUCAUAGACUAUAAAACAAAAAUUUUUAACGAUGAUAUCAACGAACUUGAUCCUCCACCUUCUUUCGAACUUGAUCCAGUUGCGUACGAGAUUUACCGCUCCAAACUUGAGGCGCAAAGAGCGACGUCUAGUUCAAAAAGUGUGAAGCCAGUUUGGUGGAUAAAUCAUAUCACUACUCUGACCAAGUCAACGACUAAAACACCAAAGCAUCAUCAUACUGUGACAGUCACGACAACAGAGACUUAA